CAGUGCAUGUUAGCGUCACGAGGCAGACACUUACACCUGCUUUUAAAAAACGCGAGAAGCUUUGAGCUUUCGUGAGCUCUUUUGGUUCGCGGAAUUCUUUUUUAUUUCUGGGUUUGGCAUUCUCGUCCUCCCGCUAUGGCUCAGACAGUCGUCCUCAAGGUUGGUAUGUCCUGUGAAGGCUGUGUGGGUGCCGUGAAGAGGGUUCUCGGCAAAAUGGAAGGUGUGGAGUCAUUUGACAUUUAUUUGAAAGAGCAGAAAGUGACGGUAAAAGGCAACGUUCAGCCUGAUGCAGUUCUGCAAACCGUCUCCAAGACAGGAAAGAAGACUUCCUUCUGGGAAGAGGAAGCUCCAAAAGAAGCACCAGCUGAAGCUGAAGUGAAGUCCACAGAAACUGUUACUGUUCCUUGAUACGCUCACCCCUAUUCUUAUAGUUAACUAAAAGUCUGUUAAUGGGUUAAUCUGGUGAACAUCUUACAUCCAUGUGUGACCACAACUGUUUAGGUGGGAAAUAUCUGGCAUUUUCUGCAUGUGUUAUUAUGGUAUCUCUGUACCUUUAACUUUAAUAUAUGAAAUAUUUGCUAUAGCCUAUAAAGGGAAAUUUCA